AUGCUUAUGAUUAGGUUAUACCCGUCACCUUCCCGCCACCCGACCUCCGCUUCCCCGCCACCCCAUCUCCCAGCUCGCCGACCGAUCUCCCGUGCUCGCCGCCCGUCCCCUUCCCGCGGCCCGAUCUCCCAUCUCUGCCGCCCGAUAUCCCCUUUUCGCCUCCUCUCGCCUCCCCGCGCGGCCUCCUCUCCCCUCCCGUCGCCCUCGCUUCCCCCUCCCGUCGUCCUCGCUUCCCCCUCCCGAUGCCCUCGCUUCCCCCACCCAUUGCUAGUCCACUUGCGCCAUCUGUCAGCGUGGGGCAGCAGCAUCACCAACGCCUCCUCCUCUCACCUCCUUGCCUUCCCCCGUUCCCCCUCUCCCCCCCAAACCCCCACCCACUCUUCCUCUGUAGUCCCUGAUUCACUUGCGCCAUCUGUCAGUGUGGGGCAGCAGAAUCACCAGCGCUUCUGCCUCGCUGCUCCUCGCCUUCCCCCACCUGCUCUCCGCCAACCUCGCCUGGACUGCCCUCUCUCACCUCCCCGCCCACCCCUCCCUCACCGCCCUCCACCUCUCCCACUGCCCCCUCCUUUCCAUUGGGUUCCCUCUCCCCUCCUCCUCGUCCUCUCCCUCCGCCUCCUCUCCUUCCUCCUCUCACUCCUCCUCCUCCUUCCCCCUCACUCAUCUGGUUAUCUCUGGUGCCUCAAUCGCUCCUCCCUCCUCCCUCUUCCCUCCUCACCUCCUCGCCUCCCUCACUCGCCUGACCUCUCUACUGCUGCUGUCCCUGACGCCCUUCUUUUACACCUCGCCCACUCCCUUCCCCACACGUCCCUGCACCAUGGCCCAGGGUUUAUUGCAUGCAGUGUAGCAGCCAAGAAAGGCCCAGAAACAUAA